AUGACCUCGGUUCCCGACCUUGUUAAAGGUACACGCAUAAAAGCCUGCACUGAGUGUCGGCAACAGAAGUUGAGAUGUGAUGCUUCCAACGACUACUCUCAGCCAUGUUCCCGUUGCAGGAAGUUUAAAUUGGAAUGCAUCGUUUCAGCAAACUUUCGGAGGGUUAAGCGUCGAACCAAAACCGAGUUGCAAGCGGAACUCGAUCAACUGAAGCGACGUGUUGCCGCGAGCUCACCGAAGCCGCUUCCUGCGUCGUCGAUUCAACUGUCGGAGGCCGACUUGUUGCAGACCUCAGACAUACUUGCAGAGACUAUCAGCACUUCUCAGAGCCGAAGCCUUGGUGCGAAAGGGAAUGACAUGAGGCAACAGACAAGGACCCUUUCCCCGACGGUCACAGAGCAAGCAGAAACGCCUCUACUCACGUCGGAUCAAGCAACGUCUGCGACUCUUUCACAAAAUCUACAGGGCAUUCGUGUCGAUGCUCAUGAGAUUGACGAAUGUUUCUCGUUAUUCUUUCACAGAUUCUUACCAUACAUGCCCAUCUUUGACACACCAUUUAACCCUGAUGAUUGCUAUAGAGCUUCACCGUUCCUCUUCUGGGCGGUCGUUACUACUGGUGCCAGGAGAUCUGAAAACCCUACCUUAAUAUUGACUUUAGCUCCAAAACUUAUGGAUCUCGCUCAGCAGGCAUUAUUUGCUACUGAGAGAUAUUUGCCGACCAUACAAGCCCUAAUUCUUAUGUGCACAUGGCCGAUACCGAUUGACACCUUGCAAAAGGACAAAGUACCUAUGCUUGCCGGGUCAAUGCUGCAACUUGCCACGAACAUGGGUCUUCAUGUCUAUGGUACUGCACAAGACUUUACACGCGUUGCAUCUCGUCAUGACCGCCGACAGCGGGAUUUCCGAACGAGGCUGUGGGCUCUUUGUCUAAUAACAUGUCAGAGGGUCAAUAAUCAUUGUGGCCUUCCGCCCCUCCUAAUUCCAGAUACUUAUAGUCACGAAGGCUAUCGAGAAGAUCCUUUCAAGGAUAUUUCUGCGACCAUCCAAUUCCAGCGGAAACUCAAUCAGAUACAGACCGAAGCUACUCUCCAUAUUGAGCAGGAGGCAUUGUCCAAGAGCCCAGAAAUCCGAAAUGCCAGUCUUGGUUGUGCGGUUGAUCAAGGAUUGACACGGCUUGCUUCCUUAAGCCACGAAUGUCCAUCUCUCAGUGAUCGUUUCUGGCUACUCGGUGCGAAACUACAAGUAGAAGCAUGCCUCCUUCUUGCCCACUCUUCAGCAAUCCAGGAUAUGCACCUCAGCGACCUGUACAGCAAUGCGUGUGCAAUGGUCGAAUUUGGAGAAGAGCUUGACAAGCGAGAAGCAUUCGCAUCAUUUGCCCCGGCUUUGUUACUUUCCUCUCUUCACCUUGCAGCGCUACUCAUCCUUCGCAUCGGCAAAUCUCAUCUCUCUUCCAUGCUCGAAUUGCAGCGUGGACGAAAGUGCUUCUUCCUCGUGAUCGAACUCAACAAAAAGAUCAGUGUGAGAGCUGAUGACUUGGCGGCUCGCGGAACCAUUAUUUUGUCCCAGCUAUGGACCAGCAAGGUGCCGUUUAAGCAACCUGACGGCACAAUAGACCCUCUCUGGCUUCAGUGUAGAAGCAGAUUAGGCAUGAGCGUAUGCUUUGAUUGUUAUUGGUUAUGGCGGCAAGAGUUCGCGGGAUUGCCAAAUCCUUAUGAUGGCGUUGAAGGUAACUAG